CCGAAUUUGACGUACUAACUUAUAACGCGGCGGCAACUUGACGGUCGGACCAAAGCUCUGAACGAAUGCCCUACUACUAGUCAAGCUACUAGUUGACCUUGUCUGGAGUCUAGGCCUGGUAUCUACCAUUAUUUGUAAUUGCAAUGCUCAGGGUGGGCUUCGCAAGGUUGCACAUCCCGCUUCGGAGUUGGCACCAUGGCACAGUGAGACACUUAUCUCAGUCCACACCAGGGAGGCCAUCAUUUUUGACAAUCUCUAGCAUACUUGAAUCUCGCUGGACGCACAGUUCGCUGACCAGAAGUCGCCCUAUCUCCUCCGCGGCAGCUAGGGAAGUCGUUUCUUCGGAGCAGUUGGGCGUCACGGAACCGAGAGUUCACAGUGAUAUCCCCAUCGCUAACGCUGAUGAACACAAAGUUUCCGUUCUUUGGAGCCCACAGCGUUGGUCUAGAUUCCACCACAUCUGGUUACGCGACCACUGCAGAUGCCCAGACUGUUUCCACCCAAUAACAAAGCAGCGACUAGUCAACACAUUCGAGAUUCCAGCAGAUAUCAAACCUAUACAUGUACAAGGGUCAACAGAUGGCCUCGAAGUUGUCUGGCCUGGAACUAGCACCGAAUCUCACUCUUCGGUUUACCCAUGGACAUGGCUGCAAGCCAACACAUAUGAUCCACCUCUUCGAACGGCGCCCAACCGGAAAGUUCUUUGGGGAUCAAAGAUCGAGAAGUCCCCACCCUCUGUGACUUAUGCCGAGGCCAUGAGCGACAAUGGAUUGUAUAAGUGGCUGACGAACGUUGAGAAGUUUGGCUUUUGCUUCGUGUCAGGGGUUGCUGCAACGCCUGAGGCCACAGAGGAACUCUGCCAACGUAUCGGCUUCAUCAGAGAAACUCAGUAUGGGAAGUUUUGGGAAUUCACUGCUGACCUUUCAAAGGGGGACACCGCGUACACUACAAUGGCACUGGGUGCACAUACUGAUAACACCUAUUUUACUGACCCUUGUGGUGUUCAGCUUUUCCAUCUCCUAUCCCACACUGAAGGCUCCGGAGGAGCAACACUUCUCGUAGAUGGUUCCUAUGUCGCCGCCCUCAUGAAGGAGCUGCAUCCGAAAUUUCAUGAGCUUCUUUCCCGUGUACCUAUUCCAGCCCAUGCAGCAGGAGAGCCGUCAGCACUGUACACUCCAAGUCCCCCUGCAAUGUACCCCCCGUUGAGAUAUCACCCAGGCACCGGAGAACUUGUGCAAGUGAGGUGGAACAACGAUGAUAGAAGCGUCAUGAACCACUUGGCACCAGACGAAGUGGAGGAAUGGUAUCAAGCGAUUAGGAUUUGGAACGGACUUUUGACGAAACCUGAUUCAGAGUACUGGGUUCAGCUUAGUCCCGGUACUGUAUUGACGGUUGAUAACCAUCGCGUACUUCAUGGCCGUUCUGCUUUUGACGGGAAGCGCCGUGUGUGUGGAGCUUACAUCGGCAUAGACGAAUACCGUUCAAAGCUCGCUGUCCUUAAGGAGACAUUCGAAGGCGCUGUUAAUGAUGACCAGAACAAGGCAGGGAGACCCGAGGACGGCAGGAGCAUUUGGAACUCCAAUUUAUGAUUCAGGGACUACUUAUUGGGCCUCCGGUCCUUCAUGCAGGUUCGAUGUUGAUUAGUUAUGACGGUACAAGUAAGGUAUGCAAGGCGUUAAAUCAAUUUCAGAAUGCCACAUAGAUCAAAGA